ACGUCAUUUCCGGCCGCCCGUCCUUUCGCGCUACCCGGGGACGGGUCCAUACGGCGUUGUUCUUGAUUCCCAUCGUAACUUAAAGGGAAACUUACACAAUGUCCGGAGCCCUUGACGUCCUGCAGAUGAAGGAGGAGGAUGUCCUCAAAUUCCUUGCUGCGGGAACCCACUUAGGUGGCACCAACCUUGACUUUCAGAUGGAGCAGUACAUCUACAAAAGGAAAAGUGACGGUAUCUACAUCAUAAACCUGAAGAGGACCUGGGAGAAGCUGUUGCUCGCAGCUCGAGCUAUUGUUGCCAUCGAGAAUCCUGCUGACGUCAGCGUCAUCUCCUCCAGGAACACUGGCCAGCGAGCUGUGCUGAAGUUUGCUGCUGCCACAGGAGCCACUCCGAUCGCUGGCCGCUUCACACCUGGGACCUUCACUAACCAGAUCCAAGCAGCCUUCAGGGAGCCACGGCUUCUAGUGGUGACCGAUCCCAGGGCUGACCAUCAGCCACUCACAGAGGCCUCUUAUGUCAACCUGCCCACCAUUGCUCUGUGUAACACAGAUUCUCCCCUGCGCUAUGUGGACAUUGCCAUCCCAUGCAACAACAAGGGAGCUCACUCAGUGGGUCUGAUGUGGUGGAUGCUGGCCAGGGAAGUACUCCGCAUGCGAGGUACUAUCUCCCGUGAGCACCCCUGGGAGGUCAUGCCUGAUCUUUACUUCUACAGAGACCCAGAGGAGAUUGAGAAGGAGGAGCAGGCUGCUGCUGAGAAGGCUGUGACCAAGGAGGAAUUCCAGGGUGAAUGGACCGCACCAGCUCCUGAGUUCACUGCUGCUCAGCCUGAGGUGGCCGACUGGUCUGAGGGUGUGCAGGUUCCCUCUGUGCCCAUCCAGCAGUUCCCCACGGAAGACUGGAGUGCACAGCCAGCCACUGAGGAUUGGUCAGCAGCUCCCACAGCGCAGGCCACUGAGUGGGUUGGAGCCACCACUGAGUGGUCCUGAGCUGCUGUGCAGGUGCCUGAGCAAAGGGAAAAAAGAUGGAAGGAAAAUAAAGUUGCUAAAAGCUGUCUUAUGGUCCUCACUGCAGACUGUACCUGGAUUGGCAUUUGGCUAUACAACAGAGGCAUGGUCCUACUGACAUGUUUUGUGUUGAAUACUUAAGCAUGUGAACACAUGGGUUUUUUUUUUUUUUAAUGUAAAAUGUAGUAACACAAUGUUUAGGUGGCUUUGGUGUUAGCUCUGGAGACUUCAUGUGUCAUCUAGGUGAGGUGUUCUUUAACACAGGGUCUCUGUUCUGUCAUGCCUCAUAGAUCCUUCUACCUCCAGAUUGGAGAGGGAAAAGGCUUAUGUCACUGAACCUGGCCAGAUUGGGAUUUUGUGUCCCAGGAACAAAGUUAAUGCUAAAAAGUUAAUGCCUUGGUGAGACUGAUAGUCUGAUGGUGUGAAUUCACAGUAAGUGGUUGGGAUUGCCAGAUGGAAUUCCCUGAGCUGCCGUGACAGGUGGCAUUGCAGAAGUGAAGGAUUCAGGAAUUUGAGUGUUGGGUGGGGGCCUGUGAAUAGCACUUGGGCUGGGAGGGGAGACUGCUGCCCCUGAAUGUCCUGGAAUUCAAGGACAGUACCUGGUUAAAUGUUUUUCUAGCUUUUCUAAAAAGUUUGUUAGGCCUGGCAUUGGCGGCGCACACCUUUAAUCCCAGCACUUGGGAGUCAGGCAGGUGGAUUUCUGGCCUGGUCUACAGAGAGUUCCAGGAUAGCCAGGGAUACACAGAAAUCCUGCCUCAGGAAAAAACCAAAAAGAAGUUUGCUAAAAAUAAGCAUUUUUGCUUGAUGGUAUUGAAGAUUGUAAGACAUUAAAUUGUGUCAUUACUUCUCCAGGUACU